AUGGUUCGUCAGCAGUUAUACAAGCGUCAAAAUGAGAUUGGUGAAUAUAUCAUCAAUUUGAAGCAAAGCUGCCUUAAGGAAACCGCAAGAAGUGUGGCUAAGGAAACCUGCAAAGCCCAGUUGGGGCAAGUUUGGCAGGAAUUCAAAAAUAACCACACGAAGUUAACCGAAUUGGGUAUCACCGAGGAACCGUACUUUAAAAACAAGUAUUAUGAGAAGGUGAACUCAUUGGUGGAGGAAAUCUGUGCAGCCCUAGAGACGAACGAGGAUGCAGCCAGCCAAUUGGAAACUGGAAAAACUGAAUCGUCGGGGUUGAAAUUACAACAAAUCCAACCGCAGGAAAAUGGGGAGUCCAAAAAUGAGAAGGAAAGAAUAGCGGGAAAAAGGAAGGAAAGAAUAAGAAAACUUAUUCGAAAGUUAGUAGGAGAACUACUAGAGUUGGAACAACUCAAUAUUAAAGUCUUGCUGGAAGAAGCAAAAAGAUCAUGGGAAACACAGAUGAAUCAAAUUAAUGAUCUAUUAUGGGAACUCACUAUCAACCAUGAGGGGUCUUACGAAGACAUCACUAAAGAAGUUGAUGAAGUAGAAAACCUCUACAAAAGAAGUAAAACAACGCUGAUCUUAAGAUUGGACAAAUGUAAGGAGGAGAGAUGUCCUAUAAAACUAGCGGAGAUAAAAAUACCGGACUUCUACGGUAACGUGGAAGAAUGGCCAUCUUUCCAUGAUUUAUACAAGAAGCUCGUACAUGAUGCCGAGAGCUUAUCGGACGUUGAGAAAAUGUUUUAUCUAAAAGCUCAUAUUAAAGGAGAAGCGUCAAAAGUAAUUAAACAUUUACCGGCAGAUGGAAGCAAUUACCAGCCAGCGUGGGAGAUACUAAAUCAACGCUUUGGAAAUAAAAGAAUUUUGUUUCAAACGAUACUAGACCGAUUGUUAGAUCAACCCCAUGUGUGUAGUGAGAACGCUAAACAAGUAAAAGGAUUACUUGAUACAACAAUUGAAUGCGUCCAAGGGUUAAAAGCAAUGAAAUGCAACAUCGAGGAUGCUGUAAUGGCGCGUGUAAUCAUCCGUAAGCUAGACAAAGAAGGUUUAUUAUUAUACGAGCAGCAUACAAAGAAAUCGAAAGAAAUUCAGGAGCUUAAAGAUGUUUUGGAGUUCUUGGAGGAACGAUAUCAAAAUUUGGAGGCAGCAGGUACAAAGAAGUACAGCAGCAAUUACAAUCAUCGGCAACAGCAGCCUAUGAAAAGUACGACACUCUAUACGGAUAAAAGUGCGUGUCUAUACUGUAGAAAACAAGGACACUUAACGGAAGAAUGUCGAAGUCUGUUGAGAUUGCCAGUGGCGGAACGAGUAUCAUGGGUUAAAACAAAAAAUAUAUGCCAUAGAUGCUUGAACCACAAUCAGAAUGCAAGAUGCGAUAGUACCAUCAAAUGUGGAACCUGUGGGUUUAAACAUCAUUCGGUACUCCAUCUAACUAAGACAUCCACUACAUGUGUUGCUAACGGGACAAGGAGUGUCCUACUGGCAACGGCUCAGGUGCAGGUCAAGAAUAUACAUGGAGAGAUGGUUACCUUGAAAGCUUUGGUGGACCAAGGAUCACAGUCAACGUUUUUAAGGGAAGAAGCAGCACAGAUACUUCAAAUCCCUCGAGAAAAGGCCAAUAUGGAAUUGCAUGGACUAGGUGACAAUUUGGUGGGAGUUGCAAAAUCAAAAGUAAAAGUUAGGAUCCAUCCGAGAUUUCCCAGCAACUAUUCACUCGAUGUCGAAGCUCUUAUUUUACCAGCGUUAGCUUCCGUCCAUUUGGAUUCUUCGUUAGUACACAACCAGGGUGUAUGGAAAAACUUUCAAUUGGCUGAUCCAAACUACUACAAGAACGAGAGGAUAGAUAUGGUGCUUGGCGGAGAUGUGUAUGUGGACAUACUAAAGAACGGAAUACAUAAGAAGCAUGGAAUGUUGGGGCAACAUACCAAGCUGGGAUUAAUGUUGUCCGGCCCAUUAACGAUUCGAGUCCCAGUAGCGAAAAAAGGUGUCAAUGUCACUACAGAGAUUGAAAGAUUUUGGGAAACUGAAGAGUUGGAUAUGGACAUGGUUACAAACGAUGACGAAAAAUGUUUGGAUAAUUAUGCUGCUACAACGAAAAGAAAUGAAGAAGGGCGGUUUAUAGUUCAAAUCCCCUUCAAAGAAGAUAAAGAGCUGGGAACAUCGUAUAAACAGGCAGCAGCCAGACUCAUUAGCCUGGAGAAAAAGCUCAUCAAGGAUAAUGCUAUGAAGCAUGAAUACUCAAGAAUUAUGGAGGAAUAUAUUGCACUGGGGCACAUGAAGCCAGUGAAACAGAUUCAUAGCGGUAAAUAUUAUUUACCACAUCAAGCGGUUGUUCGAGAGGACAGUCUGACUACGAAAGUCAGAGUGGUUUUCGACGGUUCCGCGAGUACAAAUAAUGGAAGAAGUCUGAACGACAUAAUGCAUGUCGGGCCACGGUUGCAGAGAGACGUCUUCGACAUACUACUCAACUUUCGUUUAAAAAGGUUCGUGAUUUCUUCAGAUGUUGAAAAAAUGUACCGCCAAAUAAUGGUGGAUGAGGAGAGCCAGCGGUAUCAACAUGUUCUGUGGCGGAAAGAUAGGAAUGAGGAAAUCAAAGAAUAUCAGCUGACAACAGUGACAUUCGGAACAGCAAGUGCCCCGUUCUUGGCCGUAAGAACCUUAAUGCAGAUUGCGAAAGAAUGCGCGGAUACGAAGGUGAAGCAAAUAAUUGAAGAAGAUUUUUAUAUGGAUGAUCUUCUUACGGGGGCAGACACAAUAGAAGAGUGUCUCCAGCUUCGAUUCAAAAUAUCAAGGCACUUAGAGGGUUAUGGAUUCCAUCUCAGAAAAUGGUGUUCAAACAAUGAACACAUUGUGAAAUCAUCGAAAGAAGACAAGGAGAACGAAAUAAUAAACAUCAAUGAAACCACUAAUGUAAAAACCCUGGGACUUCAGUGGAAACCGAAGGAAGACGAAUUUCGAUUUAAAAUAUCGGAAUACCCAGCGGAGAGUACAACAAAGAGGCUGGCUUUAUCAUAUCUAGCAAAAAUAUUUGAUCCGCUUGGGUUGCUGACACCAGUCAUAAUAACGGCGAAGUUGUUUAUUCAGAGUUUAUGGUUGCUAGAGAUGCAAUGGGACCAGAAAAUCGAUGGAGAUUUGGAGAUCAGCUGGAAAGAAUUCGUGACACGUAUUUCGUCUCUACAAGACGUUAAGAUACCUAGAUGGCUAAACUCUUCAUCCGAAAGUAAAAUUAAAAUUUUGGGAUUUGCGGAUGCAUCAGAGAAGGCCUAUGCAGCAGUGGUUUAUAUUAAAACCGAUAAAGGAGUUUCCUUGAUGGCUGCAAAAAGCAAAAGCAAAGAUAAAUUUAUAAGGUCACGAGUAACCGGCAUAAAAAAUUUGGUAUCUCAGGCGCAGUGGCGGUAUGUAAAGUCAAAAGAGAAUCCAGCAGACUUGGGGUCAAGAGGCGUGUCCCCAGAUAAACUUGUAGACUCAAAGCUAUGGUGGGAAGGUCCCCAGUGGCUGCUGUUGCCGGAGGCGGAAUGGUCUCUAACCCCUCCAGAAUUGAAGACAUGCGCUUCCACGGCUUCCAAGGAAGCACCUACCUUAUUGAACGAUUUGAUAGAAAGGUAUUCAUCAUAUGGAAGACUUCUAAGAGUUUACUCUUACAUCUUGCGGUUUGUUGAAAAACUGAAGGGAACCCGAUCCUUCCCGUCAUAUCUAACGAGAGAGGAGUUGUUAAAGGCGGAGAAAUACAUCGUUAAAGGUCAUCAGAAGAUAGAAUGGCCAAGUGAGGUACAAAAACUAAGAGAUAACAGACAGAUGGAUCAUCGACACAAGCUGGCUAAUUUGCACCCGUACCUAGACGAAGAGGGGGUUUUAAGAGUUGGAGGUCGACUUCAGUACUCUGAUUUGCAGCUAGAUCAAAAACAUCCUAUGAUCAUUCGAAAAUCACGGCUGGCCUAUUUAAUUAUACGAGACACCCAUUACAAGACGAUGCACGGAGGAAAUCGCCUAGUAGAAUGUACCGUGAGACGAAAAUUCUGGAUAAUUAAUGUGAAAAACUGUAUAAAAAAGGUUAUACGAAGCUGUCCGGUGUGCAUCCGUUAUAGGCAACAAAACACGCAGCAACUAAUGGGAAUUCUUCCAGACUAUCGUGUCAAAGUUUCAUUUCCAUUUUAUCACUGCGGAGUCGAUUAUGCAGGACCGGUUUCGAUGAAGUUUUCAAGUGGUAGAGGACAAAGGUCAUUUAAAGGAUACAUAGCUGUGUUUAUUUGUAUGACCACAAGAGCGAUUCAUUUGGAGGCGGUCAGUGGCCUUACUACCGAUGCAUUCAUGGCAGCCCUUAAACGGUUUUUUGCAAGAAGAGGAAAAAGUGCACAUAUAUAUUCGGAUAAUGGCACUAAUUUCGUUGGAGCAGCCGGUCGUCUGGAAAAGGAGUUUCAGAAAGUCGUUAGGCAGAACGCUGAUCUAGCAGAAGUUUUAGAAAACCACUUAGUUAAGUGGCAUUUUAUCCCGCCAGCAAGUCCUCACUUCGGAGGUUUGUGGGAGGCUGCGGUCAAAUCGAUGAAAUAUCAUUUAAAAAGGAUUAUUGGAGAAACCAAAAUGACGUAUGAGGAGAUGAGCACACUUUUAGCUCAGAUAGAGGCGAUAUUAAAUUCAAGGCCUAUGUGUAGCAUGAGUGAAGCGGACGAAGGUUUGGAGGUACUUACCCCUGGUCAUUUUUUGGUUGGACGGCCAUUGAUAGAGGUGCCAGAGUCAAUCAACGAUAGUGCUAUUGGUUGUCUGGAUAGAUGGAAGCUGGUGCAAAGAAUGAAGAAGGAUUUCUGGAGCAGCUGGAGCAAUGAUUAUUUGGUCACAUUGCAACAAAGAUAUAAGUGGAAGACAAGUAGGAAAAAUCUUCAGGAAGGCCAGGUGGUAAUUAUAAAAAAUGAGGAAACGCACCCAGCGAGAUGGCCUUUGGCAAGGAUUACCCAGGUUCACCCUGGUAAAGAUAGCUUGGUGCGAGCGGUGACGGUAAAGACAGCUUCAAAUAUAAUGAAGAGACCUGUAAAUAAGAUAUGUCCUUUGGAGAACGUGUCGUCUGUCCAGGACAAUCGGGAUGUGACUCAUGUAAACUACACCAGAGUCGAGAAGAAGGUACGAUGGAAAAUGUCGCACAUUUGGGCUCUACUUUUAAUCUAUAUUGGCUGCAUUAGAUCGGAUCCUAUACAAAUUGGAGCUUCGUUGAAAGAAAUUAAAGAAUCUGCCAUAAUUUACCUGGACCACGUCGGAUCGGUGGAUGUUGUCUCAUCAAAAUGGAAUCUACUUGUUUAUUAUGACAUGGAGCCAUUUUUUGGGGUGAUUGAGAAGGCAAAUCCUUUGGUGAAAGAUAUGAGGAUGACUUGUGGGAAGCUGCAAACAUUCGAACCACAAUGUAAUUAUAUAUUGAAUACAAUAGAACGCCAGCUACUGAACAUGGAACAAACGAACAAGUAUCUCUUUCCUCUAAUAACCAAGAGGUCGAAACGCGCGACACUGGAGUUCAUCGGAUCUCUUCAACACAUUCUUUUCGGGACUAUGGAUGCAGAGGAUAGAAAGGCAAUGGAGCUAAACAUGAAAAAUCUAUUAGAUAACCAGUAUAACCUGAAGUUUCUGGUGAAGCAGCAAACAUCAGUGGUGGAGUCAACAAUUAACAUUCUUCGCAGGACUACAGAUGAAGUUAAUCAGAACUUCAAAAGUAUAGUAGACCGGGUAGACAAUAUCACGGAAACAGUGAAAGAAGAAUACUUUGUAUACCGUGAAUCAACUAAGUUCUUUAUGGUCGUUAAGGAACUUCAAAUUAUAGUAGAAGAGAACGAAAGGGUUCAACUGCAAAUGCUGGCGUUGUUAAUUGAUAUUAAUCAUGGGAAAUUAAACCCGUCCUUGAUUACGCCUAUACAACUGUAA